AUGAGCUUGCGUGGCCCGAAAAGUGGGCUAAUUCACACAAGCGGUGGUGCUGAUAGGAAAUGGCGUGAUGACAAGAGAACAUACCUUAUAUUUGCCAGUGUGGCAAUCCAUGUCAGGUGGAGACAUCGUGGACUGAAGCUAACCCAGGAAGGAGGUUUCAAUUCUGUCAAAGGGAACAAUGGAUGUGUGCAUUUUGAGUGGUACGAUCUUGAGAUGUGCCCUUGUUCUAAGGCCAUCAUACCAAGGUUUCUAAGGAAUCGUAUAAGACUGGAAGAAGAAGUGGCUGUUCUUCGAGCAAAGCAGAAGAAAUUGUGGGCAGUUUUGGUUGUUAGUUGGUUUCUUGUUUUUGCUUGGGUUUUGUGGUAG